AUGUCCAGCAGCGGCGGCUAUCCCGCGUUUUCCGAGCAGGACUUCCAGGCUUUUAAGCGUGAGCUUGAGGCGAAUGCAGAUUCCAUUUUACUCGUGAGCAUUACCCAAGCUGGGGAAGCAGCACAGGACAGGCGCCGUAGCCAUACAGGCGCUGUCGACAAAGGCUUCCACGAAGUUAGAGGACACCGCAGGCAGUCUGCGAUCAGGUCCAACAGCGAAUUUGAGGCGUAUUUCAAUUCUCGACCUCGUCCUAGUGCGGACCAGCCUGAAAUCUCCGUCCCCUGCAAUGUGGUUAUCCCUACUAUUGUCAUUCACACCACUGCAAUGACCGAAACCGAAACUCACGAAGCAAGUGCUCCCUCUACCGAGGACGAUGGGAACCUUGGAGACGCUUUUGAGGUUCAGGAUCAUGUCCAUGUGGCUGCGAGAAAAAGGAAAUUUGAGGGCGUAUGUGAUAGAAUCCUCGCCUUCUUAAAGAAGGUUCUUCGCCUCGAUUGA